CGUCACUUCCUUCUGAGGUGGUCGGCGCCGCUAUGCUGGAGCGAACUGCACAGCGCCCCGGCGGAGGAAGCGCGGCCGGUGUGUUCGCUCCGGUGAGGCGGACCGGGAGCCUGACGCCGGGGAAGCUGACGGACUGCACUUCUCCGUGAGGAGAAGCCAGAGGAGGACUCAUAAGUUGCAGUUCUAAGACAUGCCUUGUAGAUUGGUGUUGUUCAAAGAUGUGGCCGUAGACUUUUCCCAGGAGGAGUGGGAGUGCCUGGACUUGGAACAAAAGGACUUGUACAGAGAUGUGAUGUUAGAAAACUAUAGCAACCUGGUCUCACUGGCAGGAUUUUCCAUUUCUAAAGCAGAUGUGCUUUCCUUAUUGAAGCAAGGGAAAGAGCCCUGGAAGGUUGUGCAGGAUGUGUCAAGAAAUCAGAGUUCAGACUGGGAAUCCAGGUGUGAGACCAAAAAGCUAUCCUCAAAGAGAGGAAUUUAUGAAAUAGAAUCAUCUCAAUGGGAGAUAAUAGAACAGCUUACAAGACAUAAGUGUAAAAGUUUUCGAGAUUAUAGGGAAUGCAAAGACCAGGUUGAAAGCCAAUUAGGAAAUAAAGAGGGACUUUUCAGGCAACUAUUAAUCACUUGUAAAGAAAUUCCCAAUUUUAGCCAGACCACAUCCCUUACAUUAAAACGAAGAAUUCAUUUUCCUGAGAAAUUCUAUGAAUGUAAAGCAUGCAGAAAAUACUUUAUCCAUGGCUUUCAACUUACAGAACAUCAGCAAGAUCAUUCAGAUGAAAAAUUCUAUGAAUGUAAAGAAUGUGGAAAGGCCUUUAUUCAGAGCUCAGAACUUAUUUAUCAUCAGAGAGUUCAUGUUAAGAAACCCUAUGAAUGUAAAGAAUGUGGAAAAACCUUUAUUUGUGCCUCACAGCUUACUUAUCAUCAAAGAGUUCAUACUGGGGAGAAACCUUAUAAAUGUAAGGAGUGUGGGAAGGCCUUUAUUCGUGGCUCUCAUCUUACCCAGCAUCAAAGAAUUCAUACUGGUGAAAGACCCUAUGAAUGUAAUGAAUGUGGGAAGGCCUUUUUUCGUGGAUCUCAACUUACUUACCAUCAGAGAGUUCAUACUGCAGAGAAACCCUAUCAAUGUAAAGAGUGUGGAAAGGCCUUUAUUCGUGGCUCCCAACUUACAGAACAUCAGAGAAUUCAUACAGGUGAGAAACCCUAUAAAUGUAAGAAAUGUGGGAAAGCCUUUAGUUAUGGCUCACAGCUUACUCUACAUCACAGACUUCAUACUGGCGAAAAACCCUAUAAGUGUAAAGAUUGUGAGAUGUCCUUUAUUCGUGGCUCCCAACUUACUGAACAUCAGAGGAUUCAUACAGGUAGGAAACCACAUGAAUGUAAGCAAUGUGGAAAGGCCUUUAACUAUGGCUCACAGCUUAUUCGUCAUCAGAGGAUUCAUACUGGUGAAAAACCCUAUGAAUGUCAAGAAUGUGGGAAAUCAUUUAUUCGUGGCUCACAACUUACCGAACAUCAAAAAAUUCACACUGGUGAAAAACCUUUUGAAUGUAAGGAAUGUGGGAAAGCCUUUAUUCGUGGCUCACAUCUUACUCAGCAUCAGAGGAUUCAUACUGGUGAAAAACCCUAUGAAUGUAAAGAGUGUGGUAAGGCCUUUAUUUAUAGCUCACAAUUGACUCAACAUCAGAGAAUUCAUACAGGGUCACUGCAUGGACAUCAGUCUGCAACUUUCCUGCAACAUACAUAAUGGACAUCUUUCCAGAGAGCGAGAGGGAACACAAACCUCGGGAGUGGGAGAGGGAGAAGAAGGCUCCCCACCAAGCAGAGAGCCCAAUGCGGGUCUUGAUCCUAUGACCCUGGGAUCAUGACCUAUGCCGAAGGCAGACACCUAACAACUGAGCCAUCCAAGCGCCCCAACUUUUAAAAUCUUGUAUCUCUUAAAUUCUGAAGACUUAGAGUUUCAGCUAACAUUUUUCCCUUAGUAUCUUAUUUAGCAUCUUAUUUUUCUUUAGUAUCUUGUUAGAUACCUUCUUACCCAUAGGUAUUCAGUAUCUACCACACUCAGGUUCAGAAAUGUGUUUCUACUUCUUCUCUACCACAAAUGCUACAGUUAAUAUCCCUGUUGAUGUCUUCUGGCUCAUAUGUGGAGAAGUGUCCUCUUGCAUAGCGGAGAAGUAGGAUAACUUUGUAUGUAUGUUUCUAACUGUGCCCAUGAAAAUUGUUUAUUCUCCCCUGAGACUGAUUAGCUUUAUAAAUGAGACAAGAUAAACUAUAUAAUGAAUUUUUAAAAUUUUAUAUACUAAUUUGUUUUUCCUUUGAAAGAGUCAAAUUUAAAGCUUAAUUCGAAAUUAUUUCUUCUGUAUAUUCUAAUUGCAGUUUUCUCUUCGUCUUACUAAUUUAUAUUUUUUCCUGACUGAUUUCUAUCCACUUAAAGAGUUUUUCAUCUUAUUGUUGAGAUUAUUGACCUACUUUAUCUGCAGUGUGGAGUAAAACAGUAGAAACAAACAAAAAAACCCAACAUACCCCACAUGAUUUAAACUCACUUUGGACUUAAUCAUUUCUUCCUGGGAGAGCGUAGCAACCUGAAAUGGCCAAGGUGGGUGAUGGGUGAAAAGAAGCAGUGAAAAAUCAAGCUUACUUAGUAGCUCCAGACAAGUAACACUAGAAAUCUCCAAAUAAAUAAGGUCAAGUACCCUGUGGGAGAAAAAUCUUAAGUUUCAUCAAAAGCCAAGAAUAACCACAGUUUGGAGGCACUAAUAUAUACAAGCAUGACUGACAAAAACCUAUGGAGCUUCAUUGUGAAUUUUAAAAACAAUUUUAAGAUUAGAAGUAUAAUUCAUAAGUAUUCAAGGUAUUUUUAAAGAACAUCCUACACUUUUUCUUUUUUUAAGGAUUUUAUUUAUUUAUUUAUUUGGCAGAGACAUAGUGGGAGAGAGAACCCAAGCAGGGGGAGUGGGAAAGGGAGAAGUAGGCUUCCGCUGAGCAGGAAGCCUGAUGCAGGGCUCGAUCCCAGGACUCUGGGAUCCCGACCUGAGCUGAAGGCAGAGGCUUAACAACUGACCCACCCAGGCGCCCCCAUACUUUUUUUUUCUCAUCCAAUCUCAAACUUAGAGAAAAGUUGCAAAUUUGGUGCAAAGAACUUUUCCCCCCUGAACCAUAUGAAAGUAAAUUGCUGACUUAAUGCCACAUUACCCUGAAGGUGCUGGGUAUUUCCUACAAACAAAGACAUGUCCCAAAAUAUAGAAUCAUGUAUACAUAUAACCGAAAUACAGAAUCAGAAUCAAGAAGUUAACAUUAAAGGGCACCUGGGUAGCUCAGUUGGUUAAAUGUCUGCCUUUAGUUUAGGUCAUGAUCCUGAGGUCCUGGUAUCAAGCCCUGAGUCGGGCUCCUGGCUCAGCCAGGAGUCUGCUUCUCUGUCCCCCUCUGCCCCUCUCCCCUGCUCAUGCAAAUCUUAAAAAAAGAAAUUAACAUUAAUACAUUAGAUCCCAUCCAGGUUUUACCAAGUGUGCCAAUGUCAUUUGCACUAAAGAAUCCAGUUCAGAAUCACACACAAUGUUGAAAUGUCAUGUCUCUUUAAUCUCCUUUAGUCUGAAAGUUUUUGUCUUGCUUUGACUUUUAUAAUCUUGACACUUUUGAUGAUUGUAAGUCAGUCUUUGGAAAAUGUCUCCAAUUUGGUUUUCUUUGAUGUUUCUGCAUAAGCAGGUUAUGCAUUUUGGAAGGUUGCCAACAGAACUGAUGGUGUGUUCUUCUCAGGGCAUAUCAGGAGGCACAUGAUGACCCAUUACUGGUGCUAUUCUUUUAAUCAGGUAAUAAGGCAUAUCUGCCAGCCUUCUCCACUGUAAAAUUAGUCUUUUCCCCUUUGUAAUUAUUAAGGAUUUUAUGGGAGGGGAUAUUCUGAGACGAUAUAAACAUCCCAUCCUUCAGCAAAAUUUCAGUUGAUUAAUUUGUAUCAACAUGGACAUGUCAUCUAUUUCAUUCAAAGUUUAUAUUACUAUUAGGUUUGUCUCAGAUUUGGCACAUGGAAACCCCUUCAAUCCAGCCUCUAUGGCCUUUUUUUUUUUUUUAAGAGUUUCUUUGUUAGAAUGAGCAUGAGCAAGGGGGAGGGAGAAUCUCCAAAAGACCCCACACCCAGCACAGAUCCCGAUGCAGUGCCUGAUCCAAGGACCUUGAGAGCAGACCUUAGCUGAAAUCAAGUCAGAUGCUUUUUUUUUUUUUUUUUAAUUUUCUUUCUUUCUUUUAGAUUUUAUUUAUUUGACAGUGAGAGAGGGAACAAGCAGGGAGGGUGGGAGAGGGAGACGCUGGCCUCCCGCCAAGCAGGCAGCCCACAUGGGCUCGAUCCCAGAACCCCGAGAUCAUGACCUAAGCCAAAGGCAGAUGCUUAACAACUGAGCCACCCAGGCGCCCCAAGAGUCAGAUACUUAACCAAAUAAGCCACCCAGGUGACCCUCUGUAGCCUUUUAAUAACCAGUCCCUAUCAUUCCUGAUAAGUGAAUGUGUCCUCACUUUAACAUAAAAGAUGUUCUAGGUUCAUUUUCUAUUUGCUCUGCCCUAAGACUGAAAUCAAUCAUUUCUUGAAAGAGCCCUGGUUUCUAUUAAUGAGUAUUUGGAGGCCAUGAUCUGGGUACCAGCAUGCUUAUUGCUACUGCAGUGCCACUGUUCCCAGGCCCAAGUGGACAAAGCUAAUGAAUAUAAAUACACACACAGAAUGCAUACACAUAUUUAUAUCUAUACUUAUUUUUAUAUCUAUAUAUAAUGAAAAUAAGUUUGCAUGAGUAUAAUUCUAAUCUAAAAUCACUGAGUUCAUUCUAGUUGUAUCCCUUUUCAUCUGUGUAACUCCCUUCGCUGAUGGAAGAAAUGUUCAUUUUAUUAUCCUUAAAUAUAUAGUUAUGUGCAUAUAAAAUAUAUUUGAUUAAUCUUCCUGGAGAUAAUCAAUAUCUCAUUGCCACUGCCAUACUCUCCCUGGACAGAUACUCUUCACCAUGCUCAGGCCCUCACACAGUUCUGUACGGCCAUCAUGGCUUUACUGAGGUGUAUGCCUACCAUGCUCAGUUCUGCCAAAUGGCUUUAGGAUUAAAUUGUUAGGAAGAAAAAGAAAAGUAAAGAUUCUUUCCCAUCUAGGUCAGAGGGAUGUGAUGUGAAAGGGACGAAACCCACUGUUGCUGGCUUUAAAGAUGGAGGGAGGGGGCCAUGAGCUAAGGUAUAUGGCAGCCUCUAGGCUGGUGACCGUUCUCAGCUUAUAGCGAACAAAUGAAGAGCUCAGAUCUACAGAUAGAACUAAAUUUUGCCAGUAACCCAAAUAAGCAGGAAACAGAUUCUCCCCAAAGCCUCCAGAAAAUAAUACAGCUCUGCUGAUAAUUUGAUUUUAGUGUGGUGAGACCCAUUCUGGACUUGUGACCUAUGGAACUCUUAAGAUAAUAAAUUUGUGGGUUUUUUUUUUCCCAAGUCACAAAAUUUGUGGGAAUUGGUCACAGCAGCAGGGGAAGACUAAUAUAA